CGUUGUCUACGUUGUGACCUAAAGGUCUUUAAUACCAGGUCAACAAAAAAAAAAGUUGUCUACUUUUAUUUAUUGUUUAGAAUUACGUAUUUGUUUUUAUUAAUAUUUUUGUUUAAACCUCUUCUUUUUAAACUUACCUUCUACAAAAGAUCUGAUUAUAUGAGUCUGUUGUCAUAAAGUGUAUUAUAAAUUGUGUGAUAAAUUAAAACUGAUGCCAGCUAGUACAUUAGUAGUAGAUAAGAAAUUAAAAGAAAAAUAUUCAAUAGCCCAAUUUCUUUACGAAUGGAGGCAAAAUUAAAGGAAUAUCGGGCCUUAAGACGCCGAAAAGAAUUGGUAGAAAAUACGAAAGAAAAGAUAAGAAAGUCGAGAGAUAAAAUUGUCAACUUUCUGAUACCACAAGUUUUUUUAGACAUGACCAAAGAUAGAAGCGAAGAAGAGGUUCUGCUCAUUGAAAAUGAAGAACAAAUACCUCAGAAAUUCCAACCUCUACAAACUGAAGACCCGAGUGAUAUAACUUCAGAAGCAAGUGAACUGGAAUCCUUAGAAGAUGAGCCGAAAGAAUCUUGGCAAUAUUUUGCAAUUAAAUGGUCAAUCGGCUCUAUUAUCUGGUUAUCUUUGUACAUGUACUUCUUACAGAUACAGUUUGGUGCUGUAUUUUUUGUAGUAUCUGUUUUAAUAGGUAUUUGCGUUAACACUAGGACAACGCCUAAAAAGCGGGGUGAAGUUUCAGCAUACAGUGUUUUCAAUGAAAACUGUGUGAGUAUAGAUGGCACGUUGAAAGCUGAGCAAUUCGAAAAAGAAAUACGAUAUGGAGCUGGUACAGUACGGUAAUUUUAAUGAUAUGAAAUAUUCAAGAGCAGUGUGUGACACCAUAAAUGCCGAUAUAUUGAGAAAAUUUUAGUAACACUAUUGUUUAAGUAAUUAUUAACUGUUUUAUUCACUUCAGGUUAAUAUUAACUUAAAAUAUUUUGUAUUUAUUUGUUGGAGACUAUUUUGUUGGUAAUUAAAUAUGACUGAAAUACUUGAAAAAUGAAAUAGCACUCAACUAGUGUAUCACUGUUAGUAAAUGAGAAUUAAUUGAAGACUAUGAGGAUAAGAUCUAGAGAUCCCAUUCCACGACGCCCUUCAUGCGGCCAAUGAUCGGAGGCGCUGGCGGGACAUCACAAGGAGUAAAAUCAUGUCGAAUUAUAAUGGUCACGACCCUCAGCAGUGAGGAAACGACGCGAGGAGGAGGAUGAGGAUAAGAAUAUCCAUUCCUAUGUGAAAAUUGACAAUACCUCAAAGUGAGCAAGUAUUAAAUGUUAUUUAUAUAUGAAUUGUAAAGAGAAUAAAACUUUUAUAUAAAGCAGAAUUAUUUUAAAACUUUUAUAUAAAUUUAAUUUAACAUUAUGUAUAUGUUGUUUUUUAGAACCUCAUGUUAUAUAAUUAUUUAUAAUUAACCAAGUUUUUAUUUAUAAUUAAUCUUAAAUCACUUCUCGGACAGAUUUUCAAGAAUGCAGGUGUGUUUGACCUAUUCCAACCUAACUGGCUUGCAUUCUGAUUCAAAGAACAGGACUACUGUUAUACAUUAAAAUUGAAAUUUCAAUAUCAUGGUGGGAGGUCCAGUCAGGUUGUGACAUCUAUGGGCUGUAACCACUAAACAGAAAGUGCUGUGAGCUUGUGAACAUAUGAAUGUUUAGCGUAAUAAAACGUUAUUGUAAUAAUCAAUAGAUAUAAGAGUCUGAUAUGUGUGUAUUGACGUUCAAGAAAAUUAAUAAAAAUAUAAAUUGUGUAUAUUAAACACAAAUCAGUAUUAUUAUUUUUUGUCUGUGAGGUUUGUUUGUACAUAUUAUAUACAUCUCUAUUU